CCUCGUAGAGUGAGGAGGUGGUGGUGGUCGUUGUCGUCGUCAUCGUCGGAGCAUCAUGGGUCUACAGCCAGGGAACAUGACUAGACCUAAGCUGACACGCCCUCCUAGUGAGACCAGGAAGAUCAGGAAGCCGUUGAUGGAGAGGAAGAGGCGGGAGAGGAUCAACACGAGCCUCAACGACCUGGCCAGACUGCUGACGGAGGCCCACCUGGUGAACGCGGAGGCCCUUGGUAAACAGACCAAGCUGGAGAAGGCCGACAUCCUCGAGCUCACCGUCAAGCACCCUCUCAGACUUAAGGGCCGCGGCGACGUCUCCAGUAGCAGCUCGAAGGGCGCUGAUGUCUCCUCUUUGGGUCACAGCAGCUCCCAGGGCAGCGUGGACCCCGCCUCACCGGCCAGUGGCAACUCCCAGGGCGCCGGUACUACGCCUCCCUCACAAGCCGCUGGGGAGCUACAGAGAGUGUGUGCCUCGUCAGGAAGCCCCGGGCCACAGGGGGACGUUGCAUCUCAAAGUGACACUGUUUCACAAGGUGGCAGCGUGGCUCAGGAAGGUAGGAGCCCCCAGGGUGUCGCUGUUCCUGACGGCGGCGGGUCAUCUCAGGAUGCCACGAACGACAAACUCCACCUUGAAGGUCGUCCAAGACACGACACCGACGACUCGUGGCUCUGAGAACGACGAGAACUACAGGCUGGGGUUCAGGAGGUGCAUGAGUGCCAUCGACAGUGUCAUGAAGCAGAACCAGGAGUGCCAGAGUGACAAUAUCCGCCCGAGGCUGCUACAACACCUUCACAGUUUCCUUAAGAUGCUCGACACCAAGAGCUCCUCCACGGCUCAGGUGCCAGCUGACGGUGCCAGUACGUCCUUCUUACAGGCACAUCCCAGCCAGCAGCGGCCACCACCAGAGCUUUAGACACUAUCUCAGCCGAGGGUGGGUCUUCCAAUCCUCCACAAGUGACGGGGCUGACGCUGGUUCCAACGCGUCUUCCAGGUGGGAGUUGGGCCUUCGUCAUCCAGGGCGGCCUCGACACCUCACUCCUGCUGCAGACUGCUGAAGACGCCAUCAGAUCUAACACCCAGACGCUACCGAAUGUCAGCGUGAAAAGUGUAAAGAGUGAAAAGCCUCCCACUCACACCCAGCCACCCAGCACCACGUGUUCAGGUGUGCAGACGCCGGUGGAGCCUCCCAGGGCAGCUAAGGUAGACCCUGGGAAGAUGAAGCAAGAGAAGUAAGAUGGAGAUGAAAAGUGACGCUUCAAAAGAAAUCUGCACAGUUGAGCACACACCUGCGGGACCACCACAGCACACACCUGCGGGACCACCACAGCACACACCUGCGG